AUGACUCCGACCGCAGCUGCCAUCCUCUCUGCUGCUCAGCUAGAUGUCGAGCGCCACAGCCGGCUUGAGGCUGUUCUCUCGGCGUACACUGCCCUUCCUGACGCCGAGAAAGACCAGCAAAGGAGGUCCUAUGUGUCCCAAGCGUUUGAUCUAUGCUUCUCCGGCCACAGCGUGGCUCCAGGGGCCAGUGGGUACGAGUCCCAGCGUCGAAUGCCUUGCCACCAGACCCCCGAUCGGGCACUCAACGAUCAGCGCAGGUCCACCAAUUGCUGGCUUCAGCCCCAAGUGAUCGUCUCUCCGUCAUCGGCGCCACAGGUUGCGACUGCUUUGGCUCUGUGCCGAUUCUUCCAUGUGAAGUUCUCCAUCCGCGGUGGGGGCCGGCUGCAGAUCCCCGGGUUCACCAGCAACGAGGGCGGCGUGGUCAUUUCACUGAGUAACUUCAACCAGAUCGAACUGUCGGAUGACAAGAGCAUUGCCAAGAUCGGCGUGGGCUUGCGGUGGCUGGACGUCUACCGGGGUCUAGAAGCGCACGGUGUGGUUGUGGCCGGCGGCCGCGUCCCGGAUGUGGGUGUGUCGGGUUUGUUGCUGGGAGGAGGGAUAUCAUUCCAGAACAGUCAGUAUGGCAUGGGCGCGAUGAACGUGUGCAACUACGAGGUCGUUCUCGCCGACUCCCGGAUCGUCAAUGCCAACGCGCAAGAAAACAGCGAUCUCUUCUGGGCACUGAAAGGAGGUGGUCCCAACUAUGGGAUCGUCACUCGGAUGGACAUGGUAACCAUCCCCAACCAGAUCUGGGCGGAGGUUCAGAUCUACCCGCCCACCGCCAGCGAGCCACUGCUGGACGCCCUCAUGCAAUACCACCAAGCCAUCGAGACUGACAACAAGGCGACUCUGAUCUGGAACGCGACCGACCAGUUCAUUCUCGUUGUCUACGUCUACUGCGCCCCGAUCGAACGGCCUGCAGUCUUCGAGCCUUUUUACAAUAUCCCCUCCGUCGCCACCUUUGUCCCCGCCGGGGUGCGGUCUGUGUACGAUCUCGUGCAGGCUGUCGCAUCGGUCAAUGAGGCCGAACCAACCCUCCACGAAUUCCGCACCAUGUCCAGCCGACCGUGCCUGGAGGUCUAUCGCGCGAUCGAGAAAGCCCACGCAGAGCAUGUAGAAGCGCUGAAGGACGUCGAGGGGCUGACUCUGACCACAGUCUUCCAGCCAAUGUCCUCGCUGGCGAUGCAAAUCUCCGCUAACAGUCCGCUGGGCUUGGAGCCGGUGGGCCAGCAAUGGUUCCUGGCGCGAGCCGACUGGAAGCAUGCACAAGAUGAAGACCGAGUCCGACAGGCAAUCCGCUCGAUCGUGGACGCAGCAGAAGCAGCGGCCAAGGAACACGGGGUGUAUCUCCCGUACAAGUACUCCAACUAUGCGGCGCGCGAUCAGGAUCCACUGGCUGGUUACGGCGCGGAAAAUGUGCGGCGGCUUGGUGAGGUGGCGCGCAAGUAUGAUCCCGACGCGGUGUUCCAGAUGCUGCAGAAUGGGGGAUGGCUGUUGAGCAAAGGAGGUUGGAAUGGACAAACUAAGGCAGAAGAGUGA